UGACAGGUGUAUCAUAGGUAGUCGGGAACUCAGAAUGCUUAAUUGGACACCCUUUUGAAUGUAUUACCGAAGCUGUUCUAUUUGAUGAAAGAGACGCUCUGAGGUAAAACAGAAACUAGUGGGUCAGCCUGUCAUCAUGUGUCACGAGCCAAUCCAGGAAGUACCGAGCAGCUGAUGAUGUCAAGCUAAACAAUCCCGUUGAAGAUACGAGCAACAGAGAGAAACAAGUGUCUCCGUGCCUCACAGAAGAAGCCAGUCUGUUGGUGUCAACAGACUCUGUUAAAACGCGAAUGUUACCAAAAUGGAAAGAUCUAUCAGAAUCGUCGUGUUUUCGGUCAUUUUCUUGGCAUCGCAGAUAAACUGCCAAGAAGCCAUCUUGCACAUUUCAAAUGAAAACACACAGAGGGAGUACUGCCUCGUCCACAAUCACUCCUGGACCCCGCUGUCACAAACCCUUGAUGCUGCUGAGCAGUAUCCACUGGUGAACCUGACCUCCACUGUGCUGUGUAACUCAGGAAUCAGUCCUGAUGAGGUUAAGGACAAAGCGGUGGUGGUGAUGAGAGGGGACUGUGACUUCAGCCAGAAAGCUGUUGUUGCACAGAGCCUUGGUGCUAAAGCUUUGCUCAUUGCCAGCAACACUUCAUUGAUCACUCCAUCAGCCAAUGACUCUGAGUAUGCUAAAGUCCAGAUUUCUCUGGCUCUCAUGAGAUACAGGGACUUCCUGGAGGCACAGCAGGUCUGACGUAUUGGUGAAGGGAUGCAGGUGAAGCUUUAUGCUCCGCCAAACCCAAAAAUUGAUGCAAGCAUAGGUAUGCUACUAAUUUCCAUCGUCACCAUCGUCUUGGGUGGCUACUGGAGUGGGGCAUGUGAGAAGGAGCGACUGAGCAGUAGUUUUGCAGGGGGAGGAAGUGAUGAAAACAAAGCAGACAGUGGGGAGCUUUUCCUGUCUCCUCUCAAAGUGGUUUUCUUCGUGGCCCUGAUGUGUGGGAUGCUGGUCCUCAUGUACUUCUUCUACAACAUCCUUGUUUACGUCAUCAUUGCUAUCUUCUGCAUGGCAUCUGCCUCUGCACUGUUCAGCUGUGCAGACGCAGUGCUGGACCUGAUAGGCUGUGGCACAGUGAACUUCUCUGUCCGGAAUUGGACCUUCUCGGUGAGGUCUCUCAUUCUGGCUGCUGUAUGCAUCAGCAUAGCUGUGGUUUGGGGCGUCUACAGAAAUGAGGACAGAUGGAUCUGGAUCUUGCAGGAACUACUUGGCAUCGCUUUCUGCCUUAACUUCAUGAAGAAUUCACUGUCCAACUUCAAGAUCUGUGUGAUUCUCCUGAGCCUCCUGCUUGUGUAUGAUGUCUUCUUCGUCUUCAUCACUCCGUUCUUCACCAAAGAAGGUGUGAGCAUUAUGGUUCAGGUUGCACUUGGCCCCUGAUGCCUCCGGAGAGAAGGUAACAUGGUGGAAGUCCCUGCUGAACCCCAGACUCCCUCUGAGAAACUGCCAGUCGUAAUGCGUGUCCCACGGUUCUCAGCUUGGGCUCAGAACCUGUGUGGGAUGCAGUUCUCCAUUCUGGGAUACGGAGAUAUCAUUGUUCCAGGUCUCCUGGUGGCUUACUGCAGCAGGUUUGACGUGAUCAACAGCAGGAAGAAGAUCUACUUCUUGAGCUGUUGCACAGCCUAUCUGCUGGGAAUGAUCGUGACAUUUGCCGUGAUGCUGCUGUCAGGCAUGGGUCAGCCUGCACUACUCUACCUGGUGCCCUUUACACUGAUAACGUCUGCUUGUGGUGGCAGGGUGCAGGGGAGAGAUGAGAACAGUUCUGGACAGGAACUUUGUACGAGGUCUUGGACUCAUCCAGGAAACCUUUGCUGCCAGAGGGAAGAACUGAGUGCACCGUAGAGGGAGAAAAUUGCUGACCCAACUCCUGGAGGAUUUCUUUUUACAUUUUUAUAUUACAUCUCCAGAACAAGGGAACACGUGUAAUUAAUCAACAGAAACUUAAAAAACAGUAAUGGUUCAUUUCACAGCUGUGAAUACUUAGGAUGCAUACAGUAUAUAUUGUGUAGGUGGAACUGAUGUUUUAAGUGGUUGAAAGGCUUUUCUGGUGCCUAUAGGGCCGGUUAAGUUCAUGUUCAAAAUGUAAUGACUUUGCCUUGGUGAUUAUUGCAAAAAGCAAAUGAGAAAGCACUUUAUGAUAUUCAGCUUGACAGUUUCAUUGGGGCGGGUUUUGGGCUGGGGGGGGUUAAUCCCUUGUAGACACAGUCUGAUAGAUUUUUGAUAACUCUUCUGGGGUUUCUGUGUAACCUGUUUGUAAGAUGUGAUUUCUUUCAAUGCCUUAUAUUAAAAUCAACAACUUGUAUUUGA